CCAGCUUGCGCUGUUCUUCAUUCUCAGGCCGGGUAGGACCCCAGCAACAACUCUGCGAUCGGUUCAACCUAUGAAGAUUGAGCUCUACAAUCGCAAUCCAUCCUCCGAUUAUACAACAUUUUGUGGAACUAUAUUAGUGUCACUGAGCAGAAGACAUUCAUAAAUUGUUAAAUUCGAAUCAGAAGGCACUGGGAAGAGGCGCAAAGAAAAAUUUUCAUACUCGAUGACAUUACAUCGAAAUGUCCGAUCGUUUGGGGCAAUUAACCAAGUCCAAGGAUGGGAAAAGCAAGUAUUCCUCACUCAGCCUAUUUGACAAGUACAAGGGAAAAUCAAUAGAAUCUCAGAAAAAUACAGUAGUUACACGACAUGGCUUGCAGAGUCUUGGCAAAGUGGCCACAGCCCGGCGCAUGCCCCCACCCGCUCACCUGCCUAGCCUGAAAUCUGAAAACAAAGGAAACGAUCCCAACGUGAUUAUAGUGCCCAAAGACGGUUCAGGAUGGGCGAACAAGCAGGAACAAACCGAUCAAAAGAGUUCCAGUGCAUCUACGCCUCUGCUGCCGGAGUCGCAGCCGCAGCUGGCUUUACAGAAGCCUGUCUCCAAUCUUCAGAAGUCCGCACCCGUGACCAGCCAGGAGAACACAAACACAGGUGGACCAAAGCAAUGGGCCCAGCUAAAUGGAAAGGCAGUAGAGCCAGAUGGUUCAAGGGCCUUAAACCGACUUCAGCCCUUCUCUCACGAGGAAUUUCCCACCCUGAAGGCAGCUGGAGAACAGGACAGAGCUGGCAAAGAAAGAAGCGGCUUCGAUCCGUCGUAUGGGCCCGGACCAAGCCUCCGCCCCCAGAAUGUGACGAGUUGGAGGGAAGGUGGUGGCAGGAACCUUCAGCCCUCCUCCCUGACCCUCAGCCUCCCAGCAGAUCCUGAGGGGAAGAUCACUGCCCUGGCUGAGACUGGCUCUCCGCCAGCCUCCUCGCAUCCUUCCUCUGCCACCGGCACCACCUCUUCCUCUAGUGCAGUGAGCGCUCCGUCACCGAGCCUGGAGCCCAAGGAGCCUUCCCUCAGACCUGCCCAGCCAGUACGCAGACCAACCGUCCCUACUGCCCUGCAGUAUCAGCUUCACCACACGUCAAACGCUGUCUACCAUGACAUGUUGCCUGCAUUUAUGUGUGCUAAAGAGACACGUGAAACUACAACCCCUGACAAUGUUACAACCACUGCAGCAGCCCCAGCCCGAUUUGACAGCAAACCCACUUUUAGACCAAGCUUUACCAAACCUGAGCUUGUCAACGGAGAUUUAAGAAGAGAGAACCGCUUUGUCCGUGCUCCACCUCGAGUGUCUUCUCAGCCCAUCCGCAGGCCCAGUGAGAGACCAUCGCGUCCAGCCAUCAUUAAUCCAGAGGACCUGAAGGAUCUGGAUGACCUGGACAACGAUUGUGAGGAUGGUUGGGCUGGUCUUCAUGAAGAGGUUGACUACAGCGAGAAGCUCAAGUUCAGUGACGAUGAAGAUGAACACUCUACUAGUGAUAAAAAUAAAAUGUGGGCUGAGUGGGAGAGGGAGAACCAGCGAGACUGCCAGUCCUCUCUUAGCUCAGGAGACGCACCUUAUUCUCAGGAGGGAGCAGAAGAAAAUUAUUCAUCCCAUCACCACCACGAGCCUCUAAGGAAACCCAUUGGCAGAUAUUUGUCUACUGACAGUCAGAAAAACCACAGUGACCCAGCAACAGACUCAGACGAUCACCAGCGUUCUCAGAGUCAAGCACCAGCUAGGGCGAAAUACAUGUCGCCUGAAGUAUCCGAGGCUGUUGAAAGAGCCCGAAGACGGCGAGAGGAGGAGGAGAGACGUGCUAGGGAAGAGAGACUAGCUGCCUGUGCUGAAAAACUCAAAAAGUUGGAUGAGAAGUUUGGAAAGUCUGAAAGACCUGCGUCAAAGGUGGAAGACAUCCCGAAGGAGGUCGAGGGCAAAGAAGUCCCACUUUCUCCAACCCGGGAUCACAAUAAAGGCCAUAAUGAAAACUGGCAGUACGCCACAAAAGAAGGUAGUGAGUGUCUGCCUGUCAACUCCUUUGUUGGCCAAAGCUACCGUGAUGAGCAUAAUCGCAGCAGUGACGAUGAUUGUCCAGAACCUUCCUCACCUUCGGAAGACUAUGGUGGGCGUCCAGCCUCCAAACCUGUUCCACCGCGCUUUCAAAAGCAGCUACAGCAACACCAGCAGCAGGAACAACCCCCCAAAAUGCAGCAUUGGCAGCAGUCUGGUCACCCCUCAAGCUCAAGUCAUUCCCAGCGGGGGUAUUAUCCCCCACAUGUUCUUGGAUUUGAUCCCCGCUGGAUGAUGAUGCCAACUUUCAUGGAUCCACGCAUGACACAAGGACGCUCUCCUGUGGACUUCUACCCUGGUUUGUGUUCAGACUUCAGGUAUGGUAAAACCAUGGUGCAUCAAGACCACCUGAACAGUCCUAGCUCCGACGAGGGAUGCCAUUCCAACCUACAAGAGAGACGGGCCCCGUCCACUGAGCCUUACCCAGUUUGGAACAAAGAUGGCUACCCAUUGCGGAGCUUCACUCCUCCCUAUCAGAGACAGAAUGAAAGCUCAGAUGGUGAUCUGUCAGGGGAAAGAGGAAAUAUUGCCCCUUCCCAGCGGGACGCCUUUGAAGAUGGACCUAAUCAGAGCUUGACAAACAAUGAUGAGCCUUCCCAUAGCGCUUACCGUAGCCGAGACUCUGAUAAGGAACGCAAACACCAUGACACGGGCCUUCUCACCACUGCUCAAAACCUCUGUCAGAAGAAUGAAGCCACAAAGCAAGAUACAAGAGAUAAACACCUGAAAGAUGGUCUUGACUCUUAUGAGACCAUAGACGGAUCCCAGGAGGGCUGGAAAAGGGAUGGAGGGGGCCUCAGUUCCCCGAACCACUGGCCUGAAGCUGGUUCUACCAAUAGUGUUAAUCAGGCAUCUGAGACUAGUGGGCGGCCAUUGAUUCGUAGAACUGGGCCCAUCAAGAAACCAGUUCUGAAGGCACUCAAGCUGGAUGAUAAGGAGAAUGAAAAACCUAAACCUGAGCCUGAAGAGAAGCCUGUUCCCUAUCGUCUGGAGAAAGAAGUCCUCACUAAUGUUUAUGAUUUGAAGAAAGACAACCAGCCUACUAAUAACAGGCGUCCUGCAUCACCUGUUGUUGAGAAACAGCCUGAAGAGAGACGGCGCCAGUCACCAGCUCUUUGCAAAACAGACAAGCCUCUCAGCACCCACAGUGAGGACUUCCCUAAGGAAACUACCUCAGUAAGCAGCCGGAACCAAUUAGUUAGAGAAAGCCAGGAAAAAAAACGGGAACCUCAGGCCCCACGCCGCAACAACUGGAUUUUCAUUGACGAAGAACAAGCUUUUAGUUCAGCCAGAGGAGGAGGUAGAGGCCGCAGUCGAGGGUUCAGGGAAUUUAGCUCCCGAGGUGGAACUCGUGGUGGCCGAGGCGGGGAUAACCUUAGGGGAGCCUAUAAUAACACUGGUGGUACUCAGAGGCCGGCUAGAGGUCGAGGACCACCAAGAGAUCUCUUGAAGGUUGAGGAGUUCCAGAGAGGCAAACCUCGUAGACGAAAUGUCAGCGAGACAUUGAGCGAAGCAUCAGAGUAUGAGGAACUUCCCAAGAGGCGAAGGCAGAAGGGAACAGAAAAUGGAGAAGGGUACACAGAGUCUGGUGAUGUUAGUAAGGCAGAUAGAGACUCUUGGAGAUCAAACAAGGUGUACACUGAUGAACAGACAGCCUCAGAUAACAGAGAAAAGGCCAGAAUGAGGGGCUUUGGAGGCCGUGUUUUGCCCCCUAGACUGAACACGGCAAACGGCUACAAUCGAAACUUCGGAGGUUCGAGGGAUAUUUCUUCAUGGAGGGGCCGCGGUCCCCAUUUCAGUGGCAACAACAGCUCAAUGGCAGAGAAUGGAGGACAUGGUCCUGGAGCGGAGGUUUCUUACUCCCGCAGACCAUUAACAGAACGUGAGGCUCUUAAGUACACUCCUAAGUUUUCAGGCUCUUUCACAGAGAAUGGUGGGGAAGACCGUGAAGGGGAAUACUACUUUGAGAACGACAACUCCGACAGACAGAUGCUAAGGAGGCGGCGUCCCCCACGUCAAGACAAACCUCCCCGUUUCCGGCGUUUACGACAAGAACGCGAACCUGGUUCAAAUCAGUGGACGAGCGAUGAGUACAUUAAUGGAGACUUUGCAAAUCCCUGGCCGGCUCGCCCUAAAGGAAGCGGAGAAGACCAUUGGCCCACUGGUCACUUCUCUGGACGCUCCAGUCAGCAUGCCCAGACAGAAGAAUGGGAGACAGGAUCCGACAACAGUGACUUUGACUGGAGAGGGAAGCAAGGUGGGAGUGGAAAUAUGGCAGUGCAGGGACACGUUGACAUUACCUCAGACUCUUGUCACAGUGAAUUUGGCUCUGGUGAGAAGAGGGAGCUCUCAAAGAGAAGCUUCUCCAGUCAGAGACCGCUGGUUGAGCGACAGAACCGAAAAGGAGAGCCGUCACUGCUAGAGGCAACCAAGAUGGUUCGCACACCUGAAAAUCCCCCUGCUCCGACAUCCAGCAGGAAUGAGAGUUGGCAGAAUGGAGGGACUUCUUGCAAGAGCAGGAGUCCAGAUGACUCUGGCCCAGUCUACAGCUUGGAGCCCCAACCAGAGGACAGGGAGCCCAGUGAGCUAACAGGAAAGAAAUUAGAAAAGGAAAUAAAAGCAUCAGCUGUAAAGGCAGACUUCGCUGAAUCUCUCACACAAUACGAACUCAGCAGCUACCCCCUUGAUCCUGAUGCAGGGGGACAAAAUGUGGAUCCAGAUGGUUACCAAGAUGCUUUGUCAAAAAAGCAGCGCCGACCACAGGAAGAUGAGAGGCGGAGAAAAGAACAGGGUGCCGCUGUACAAGUCAAGAAUAGAACAGCCACGUCCAAGAUGCCACCACGCUUCAUCAAGAAGCAAGGAAAUAUGAGUCUGGAGCAAACGGAGGAAACAAUUUCCUCAACGAACAACCUAGGAACUGAAAUCUGGGAAACCAACAGUUCAGCUCUUUCUGUUCAGUCUUCAGGGGGAGACUCGUGGACUAAACAGGUGUCGUAUACUGCGAGUGAACCCAACUCUGAGGAUUCUGAUGCUGGCCCAGAACAGAGUAAAGAACAGCACAAACCAGGGCCCAUCGGAAAUGAACGUUCCUUGAAAAACCGCAAAGGCUCAGAAUGUGUUGAGCGACUAGAAGGUGGCCCAAUUACUCCAGUCAACGGUGUGGAUCUCCAUGUGGACAGCGUACUUCCCGUCCCUCCCAUUGAGUUCGGUGUGAGCGCCAAAGACUCUGACUUCAGCCUGCCGCCUGGCUCCGCCCCCGUACCGGUCUCCAGUUCUGUUAACAAGCUUCAGGAUACACUUGGCACUGAUACCUCUUUAAAUCAGAGCAUCCCAAUGCUGCGUUCCAACCACCUGCAGCCUGGCAUUAGCCUCAACACCAUCUUCCCUACUGCUGACCUCACUCUCAAGAUGGAGUCGGCACGUAAAGCCUGGGAGAAUUCUCAGUCUCUCCCGGAGCAAGGCUCACCCGGCGGUAAUUCCUCAGGUGCUCAGCCUCCCUCUAGUGCAGGUUCAUCUAGUGGAGUCAGCUAUAGCUCUUUUGGAGUUUCUAUGCCUCCAAUGCCUGUUGCAUCGGUGGCUCCUUCCAUGUCCAUGCAAGGUAAUCCUAUUCCUCCGUUGUACAUGGACGCUCACGUCUUUCAAACUCAGCCACGCCUCGUUCCUCCCACUAUGACCCAGCAGCAGACCUAUCCACAGGCAGCAGCAGCUCAGCAGAUUCCCAUCUCUUUGCACACAUCUCUUCAGGCUCAGGCUCAGUUGGGGCUCCGUGGAGGUCUGCCCGUCUCUCAGUCGCAAGAGAUGUUUAACUCCAUCCCCCCCUUCAGGUCCCAGGUUUACAUGCACCCCAACCUAUCACAGCCCAACCCUAUGGUGCUGUCAGGUGGGGCCCCCCUAAAGGGUCCUUAUUCAGCUUUUCCUGGCAUGCAGCAGUCAGACAUGGUGAAAUCCCAGUCAGGCUCCCACUACCAGCCUAUGAACGGCAACCAGCAGCUCGUCUACGACAGCCAGAUGAAUCAGGGGCCCGGUAUGGGUUCUUCACAGCUGAUGGACUCCCAGCUCAUUCAGGUGACUGUACCUCUACCUGGCUCACAGCUGCGCUAUGGUUCAGCUCAGCAGCACCUCAUCCUCCCACAGUCAAUCCAGCUGCAACAGGGACAGAACCUGUCAAUGGGGGGGCCCCGCCGAAUGCUGCCACAAGGCUCCCAGGCUGCUGUGAUGACUGGCAGCAGAGAGGGCUCACAGAUGGAAAUGAAGGGAUUCCAGUUCUCUGAGAAGCCCAAUCAUUCUCCAGGUUUAUCUGGAGGUUCCUACAGGCCAGGGUCUGCAAGCCCCAGUGGGAAGCCCUCUGGUCCCAGUGGGCCUAUGGGGCCUCUGCCUACACUUUUUACACAGCAGGUUUCACCUGCUCAAGGCAGCAUGGUAAUGCACAUGCGACCCCCCACCACUGGCCCCUUCCCCAGUCCAAUUCAGAGACCUGUCAUGCAGGUUAACAAACCCGUCAUCAUCCGCUCCCCCCCUUACCCCAACCCCGGCCGCGACCCCUCCCAUUCCACCCCUCCUUCAGUCCCUGAGCCCCCAGUCAAAGGGUCAGAGGAUGGCAUGAAGAGCAAAGCAUUGCGAGAAGUACGCAAAGCUGUGGGGGAGGGCAAAUCGCCACCAGGGGGCAUGACCAGCAAACUCCAGGAGCCCUUACCCACCAUGGGUCAGGCUAAACCAGCACGCACUGGAGCCAUCAAACCCCAGGCUGUCAAAGUAGAAGAGGGCAAGGCAUAACAAUGGACCUUAAAGAUCCUCACCACCACCGACCCUGCCAGCUCAGAGAUCCUCCAUGAGAUGUCCGGGUCUUUGAAACAGAAGCAAAGCGGGGUGGGGGGUGGGUAAACUUGGAGUUACAAUGAAUUAACCAUGAACUCCCAGAACUGGACACUAUUAUUUCACACCAAUUAUAGAGAUAUAUAAAUGAAUAUAUAUUAUGCAUACACACAGACCAUCUUUUAACCUGAGCUCUCCAAGGUCCUCUUUAACUUAUUAUUAGACCCUUUCAGGAGAGACUGGUUUGGCAAAAUAUUUGUUUUGUGUUUGUUCUCGGUCGAUGAUGGAAAAGAAAGAUGGCCAACUCAAAAGGUUCACUCUUCAUGCUGUUUUGCCAAACUGUAUUUGCUUCCUGUAUUUGAACUGUAGCCCUCCAGAACAGACAGGACAUUUAACAUAACCUACUGUAAGAAGCAAAGUGUGUUAUUUCCUAUUAACAACUUUGAAAUGCAGUUGGGCACUUCUUCCUUUUUUUUUUUUUUUUUGUCAUUUCCUUUCAGAUUUUGCUAGUAAAUAAAGGUUACCUUCAUGACCACCCGUUCAAUCCACCUGUGAAAGACUUGUUUUAUUAAUUCAUCAUGGGAAAAAAAUGAUUUCCUUGCAUGUCAACAUUGUGCAUCAGCCCAGAAUUAUGUCUGUUGGAGGUACACAACAAACCCCACACGCUAUCAGAACUGCUUAGAUUAGUGGAACAUCUAUUUUUUUUGUUUUUUUGUUUCUACAUUCUGUUGCUCUACUAUGUGAAAUUAAAGGAAAAGGAAGGACAUUUGACGGGAUCCUAUUUCUUCCGUGGGAAAGUCACAGGCAUUGACGGAGUGUGUGCAUGUGAUGAGCUGGAUGUGUGUGAUCUUGCAGGGCUAUCAUCAAGCAGCUGGCAAAGUUUCACCAACACUUUCUAUAUACUGUCAAUUGCUCAGUCGCUGUAAGGACGCAAUUAAAAAGUGUGUUUUUGAAGGGGUAGGGGCUUAGAUGACAUAAAAAACUUAAAUGUAUCAAUGAAAUGAAAGCUUCCCUGUUGCUUUGCCUGGGUUGGUAUCAAUUCACUUAUCUGUAUAAACCUGAUUUAUAAGUGAUGUUUCUUUCCUAUAUACCGUAGUUAUCUUUGGAUGUUAGCCGGAUAUUAAAAUUCCCAUCCUACUGAACAGCCCUGUCAGGAAUGGGAAAGGCGCCUCCUUCAGUCAGCAUCUGGUCUCUGCAGUGGCACUAGCAAUAAACACAACCUAACUAAUCGCAAUCGGGGGCCAAUUAGACAACUUUUUAAUCUUGUUCCAAUCAGCACCAAGGACUGCUUACUGCUUAAAGUAAUGUCUUUUUUUCUUUUUUGUUUUGCAAACUCCCAGAACUCUGUUACAGAAAUCUUUUUUUUUUUCUUUUCAUUUUAGGUCAUAACUCCUCAUCUUUAAAACCUACAGUAAAAAUGUUAUUACUGGUUAGAUGUUCGCAUCAUGUUCAAGGACACUACAACAUGUUUCUCUUUAUUACAGUGUUUCACUGGUUUAUAUGUAAAUGCAUACUUAACUGUACAGUCAUGCCUUGUCAAUGGAGCGUAGAGGUGGAAACAUUUUAUUUUGAAAAAUGUUGUGGCACUAUAAAAGAUUAAAUGUUAAGCAAGUCACUGCGUUCUUUACAUGAACUGCUUUCCUGUGAUCAGUCUGUUGGGCUUGGAGACUUUUCAUAUUAGUUUUUGUAAAAGUUCCUACUUUUCAUCAUUGUAUGACCACAGAUGCUGCCCUGACUUCUUUUAUUUUGGGCUUUUGUGAUGCAUUUUUUUCUUUUUCUCAGAGGACCAGUGCAUCUGAUUCAACGCUUUAUCCAUUCAGCUAUUGUUGGUUCAAGAGAAACGGUUCAAGAGAAAGAACUUAUUGAAAGAAAAAAAAAUCAAGCAGUGGUGGUUUCUUUUGUUUUGUUGAUUAUAUGUACUGAGUCAAAUAUGAGAAUCAAGUUUGCAAAUGUCCAACACCCAUGAAGAAAAUUAUUGCCCAAUAGUCUUUGAUUUUUUAAAAAUCUAUUAUAAAGACUGUUCCAUAUUUGAUGUGUGAAAAAAAUGACUUUUUUAAACACCAGCAUUGGCCCUCCACACAGGUAUCGCCAGCUUAGAUUUGCUGUCACUUGCUUUAAAUAUUUUCUUUACAAGUUCCAUGUAUAUGUUGGGCUCAUGAUACUGCCUCAGAAAAUACUAAAAUCAUUUUCAAAUCCAAAAA